AUGUUUACUGCCUUUACUACAAGAGAGGCCUCGCUCAAACCACGCCCACUGGACACCUCAGCUGUAAUUAGACUCUGGGUCGAGUGUGCAAUGAAAUCGCUCAAACCACGCCCACUGGACACCUCAGCUGUAAUUAGACUCUGGGUCGAGUGUGCAAUGAAAUCGCUCAAACCACGCCCACUGGACACCUCAGCUGUAAUUAGACUCUGGGUCGAGUGUGCAAUGAAAAAAUACGGUGUCACACUUCUGUUGGUGGCAGCCAUGGUGGCUUGUGUCCUGGCGGGAGGCUCUGGAGGCGGUUAUGGUGGCGGCUACGGAGGAGGCCGUGGAGGCUAUGGCGGAGGCUAUGGUGGGGGCUACGGAGGAGGCUCUGGAGGCGGUUAUGGUGGCGGCUACGGCGGCGGUCGCGGAGGCGGUUAUGGUGGCGGAUAUGGCGGCGGUCGCGGAGGCUAUGGUGGUGGUUAUGGCGGCGGUCGCGGAGGCUAUGGUGGGGGCUACGGAGGAGGCUCUGGAGGCGGUUAUGGUGGCGGCUACGGCGGCGGUCGCGGAGGCUAUGGUGGGGGCUACGGAGGCGGUAAUGGAGGCUAUGGAGGCGGUUAUGGCGGCGGUCGCGGAGGCUAUGGUGACUACGGCGGUGGCUACGGAUACGGGAAAUAA